GCUCCGUGGCGGUACAGGGCGGUACUCGGAGGUUAGGCCUUUAAGCAUAAGGAAGGUCACGGUAUGAUAGGCCCAUGCUGUUCUUUGACUAUCCAUCGCCUCUUCAACCAAAUCAGCCUAAAUUUGAUCAACCUUCUUCUGCCUAGGCUACACUUUAAAUCACCGCACACUGCUCUCACAGCAGACUGCACUGCUUCCGGAGACCAGAAUAACUCCAUUUGUGUAUAAAACCAGAGGCGCAUCCGCAGACAUCAUUAUGGUCAUUGUCGAGGAGAAGUGCAUGGAAUCUGUUCCACCCCCUCCUUAUUUCCCUAAUGCCAGCACUCUACCCCCACCCCCUUUCCCUGGUGAACAUCGUGGAGCAGCGAAGCCAUCUGACCUACCUCCCCACCUAUUAUUGAAGAUCGUGUAUAUGACGUUUCCGCAAACGCCUGGGGUUGAUGAGGGAAAGAUCGAACGGCAGAGAAAGACACUUUGUUGGCUCUCCACACAACUUCGGUCGGUUAAUCGCUCAUUUUACAUUGCGUGUGAGCAUGUGCUGCGCUCCACAUAUUUACCCGCAUACAAUUCGAUGAUACGCCCUCCCUACUCAUCCGAUCCAUUCCCAUUUUCUUCCUCGGCUUCUACUUCCUCUUGUGAUACUAUGCAACGAGAGACCAAAGUUCUUGACCUUUUCAUCGCACUCAAGGUCCACGAAGAUGUUAUGGUCGAUGACUCAUCGCUUCACCUCGAGCGAGAGGAUUCGUUCAAAGACCUUUUCGACCUUAUGCAACCACGCAGCCGGCUAGAAGACCUCGUUCGACACUACGGUGUCCGCGAGGGAGUUGUCCAUACAAACCCAUAUGGAGUGAACGCCUCGUCUUCAUCAUCCAGCGUGUUCAGGGUGAAUAAUAGCGGAAUUGGAUCUGCGAGCACGAGCAAAUGGACAUCAGACCUUGCGCCAGUACCAUUCAGCGCGCUGUCUAUUUCGUUCUCGCCAAGGCGGGUUGGCCUCGUUCUAACAGCUUCAGGUAGGAAACGGACAAUUGUGGAUGUAGCACGGACGAGAGAUGAGAAGCUAGAGGUUACCGCAAAGAAACUUGCGGGGCAACUAAAGGUUUGGCUCAGCGAUGGUUCGAGAUAAUCUAGUGGUGUCAUUUAGUUUCAGAGUCCUUUCUUUCAGUGCUUGUUGAUAGCACGUGGACUUUUUAAAGUGCACUGCAGUUCUCCAAGAAUGAAGUUGUGCGUUUCAGGCA